CCACCUCUUCUCCAACUCUCCGACCAAGACAGCCAAUUCCCCUUCUCCAACUGCAACGACGUCGUUUCUCAUCAGCUCCUCCCCCAAACCGCCACCGAGCUCGACGGAAUCUUCACCCAAAGGCAGUUCCUUCUAAACGACGACGCUUCACCACCAAUCCUCCACCACGCCGCGAAUCCCGACCAUUCCUCCUCCGCAGCUCUAUUCGACCUCCUGCGAUCCGGUGCUCCGAUCAGAAAUCAGAGCAAUAUUACCAGCAGCAACAGCAGCAACAUCACGAUCCAGUCGGCGGCGGAGGAGGAAGAUUCCGGCAGGCCGUCCACCGAGGAUCUCCUCCGAAUCGCCGGAGCCAGGUUCAUCCAAUCGUCGUGGAAACCGGGCGGCGGUAGUGACACUAACAACACAAACAACAACCCGCCGCUCGACGACCUCUCCUCGGCCGUCGGCCUGUCCGACGAGGAGGCGAGGAGCGUCGAGCUGGCGGAGUCCCUCCUGACCGCGGCCGAAAAAGUCGGGGACGGGCAGUACGAUAAGGCAAGCAUUCUGCUGACCGAGUGCGAGCUCCGUCUGGCGGGGCCGGAGAAGGUGGAGGAGAUCCUGAUGUUCCCCAGGAGGUGCUUUCUCGAGUUCUACGACAAGGUGCCGUUCGGCCAGGUGUCGGAGUUCGCGGCGAUUCAGGCCGUGGUGGACAGUGUGUGUGGUUCGAGGAGGAUUCAUAUCGUGGAUUUCAAUAUCAAGAAUGGGGAGCAGUGGACCAUUUUCAUGCAGGCGUUGGUCUCCAGGGACGAGGUUCAAUCGGUGGAUCAUUUGAAGAUCAGCGCGGUCGGGAUCAGGUCGAGAGACGUUAUGGAAGAGACUGCCCAGAGGUUGGUCGACUUUGCAAGGACAAUGGCAUUGUCAUUCUCAUUCAACCUGGUCAUGCUGGACGACUUCGCCGACCUCAAGGAGGACACGCUGGCGGUGGAGCCCGGCGAGACGGUCGCCGUCCUGUCGGAGUACCUCCUCACCACUCUGGUCGCGCACUCGGACAAGCUGGACCGCGUGAUGAAGACGAUCGCGACCCUGAACCCUUGCGUCAUGGUGGUGACCGAGGUCGAAUCGAACCACAACUCGCCCGUCCUGAUCAACCGGUUCGUCGAGUCGCUGUUCUACGCGAGCGCCUACUUCGACUGCCUGGAGGCCUGCAUGGACCGGGACAGCCCACACCGGCGGUUCGUGGAGCUGACGGUGUUCGGGGAAGGGAGCAGGAUCAUCGUCGCGGCGGAAGGGGAGGAGAGGGCGUUCAGGAGCGUGAAGAUGGAGGUGUGGAGGGCUUAUUUCAGGAGGUUCGGAAUGGAAGAGGCGGAUCUGAGCCUGUCUUGCCUGUACCAGGCGGAGCUCGUUACCAAGAAGUUUACCUGUUGGAGGCAUUGCACGAUUGGCGUGGACGGGAAGAGCUUGAUUGUUGGGUGGAAGGGGACGCCCAUUCAUUCUGUUACUGCCUGGAAGUUUAACUGCGAAUGA